AUGGGAAUAUUUUAUCACGUUCGAAGUGUAGCUUUGGCUGAAGAUCUUCCUAUAAGUCAUUCCGAAAUAGAAAACACUGAUGAAUUUUACACUGCAGUUGAAAGGGGUUAUACUCAAUGUUUUACUAUUUUCCUUGAAUGUGGUAAAAGCCAAAAAAAAAAAAAAAUAUUAAAUAUAUUUUUAUGGUUAAAAAUAUCUAAUUCGUAG